CAGUGCGACUUCUUGCAGCCGUGUAAGAUGUGUCUCGCUCGUGGAUUUGAAUGCACAUAUCUGAAGCCCCAGAAGAAGCGUGGGCCUGCUGGAAAGCGUCUUGCGCAGAUUCACCAGGACCAAGGCCGUUUGCAGCACAAGGAAAACUUGGAACAAUAUGCUGAAAUGGUGGCAACCCAUCCAUCAGAGUCAGCUGAGGCAGCCAGCAGUGAUACGACUUCGACUCCAUCUCUGCCGAUACCAGGAUCCAACUGGUCUCGAGAAUUUGAUAGCCGUCUUACCGUGACAGAUCACGAACCACAGCAUGUGUCUGACAUUGUGAGCCCUACUUUUGCAAAUGACCUGCCAAUAUCCAAUGCAGGUGAUGUCGACAUCUUCAGCCAUGGUCAAGAUACAGAGUACUGGCCACCAGAUAGAGCGACGCCUCAAGUACCACCGUCUGGCUUCCCGUGGGGAGGCUCAUUCAUAGACUUUGCAGCACUCCCACCGGUGAUUGAUAUCAACUUUCAAGACAACAAUACAAACCCGACAAGCACGCGUCCGUAUGAUCUGGCAGCUCGAGACCAGUUUGGGGGUACUAUCCCUCAUUGGCCGGGCUACAUCAGCGAGGCCAGCUUGAUUCCAUGGAUGGAUGUCUAUUUCGAUAGACUUCAUCCGACAAUGCCAGUCUUGAACCGAUCUACACUAUUCACCAAGAUGUAUCUCCAAGAGCAUCGCCAUAAUCCUUUAUUUGGUUCCAUGAUCCUGGCUCUUUGUGCAUUCGCCAUCACCCAGCCCAUUUUCAUCAGCGAACGGCCCACGUCCUCUUCGCGGGAGCGUCAGGCGAAGCUAUUGAUGAACGAAGCUAUGAAGAUGCGUAGUUUUUUUGACUUUGGCGAAAGGCCAACAUUGGAAGCCGUCAUGACGAGCUUCUUCCUCUUUGGCUCCCUCUUUGGCACUAACCAGCAUAAUGCCGCCUGGCUUCGUUUGCGAGAAACCAUCGAUUUGGCUCAGACAAUGGGAUUAGAUGACUCGAAUGCGUACCAGGGGGCACUUGGCGAAGAGACUGAUCAGAAUCUGCGCGCAUACAUGGUUUUGUUUAUUACGGAGAGGGCAUAUUCGAUUCAAAAACGACAUCCCAUCACCUUGAAGCAAAUGCGUGACUCAGUGCCGUGCAUCUCAGAUGAUCUCUUGAGCAGCUCUUCACAUGGCCUUCUCUCGGGAAUGAUUGUGUUUAACGAGAAAGACGCCGCCGCAUUGAUGGGACUGUCGGCGCUCAUGCAGCUUUUUAGCGCUAUUCAAGAUGAAAACAUCGAUUGCUGGAACGCUACGUGCGCAGCUACUCGUGGAGGUUGCCCCAAAUCCAAUGAAGAGACAGUUUUGCUGGUGUACGAGAAGCUUGAGCGCGCCCAGGGCCGACAUCUGUAUAGCCACUACGACCGUCUCAUCCUAGAUGACCAACCACUCGAUGAUGUGGCUGGGGAUGUGCUUAAUGGACAGACCAUUGUCACUCAGCACGCAGACAUACUGGUAACGCAAAAAUGGCUUCAGAACCGGCUCUGGUAUCUCUGCUUGGCACACAACCUGCUGAAAUUGCAAUCACCCCACCCCGAGCUACAGUUCGACUAUGCUGUCCACUUGGCGGAAUCUACGUUGGCUCUGUGCCAGAAGCUGCCGUUGAGUUUUAUGGAAGCACACGGCGUAGGAUUGAUUGAGAAGCUCUACGACAUUUCCACGACGGCUGUUACUGUUCUGGGUAACCCAGCCUACCCGAUGGAGCGGCCUUCACCAAACGCAGCUCUUUUGCAGCCCUCCAUCUCCCUAGACAAUGGGAAGCAAGGCGUCGAAACUGCCCAACAUAAGCUCAUCUAUCAAUAUUUCAAGGUGUUUAGCAUUCUUCGAGGCGGUAACCACCCGUAUCUGGCAAAGUACGUGGCUCAUCUUCACUCCCUUGGAUUCAACACGCCAAAUCCGGAAGCACACUGA